GCGUCUGCACCCAGCCAGGGCACCAACCUUGGAUGAGAGUACCCUGUCCAGCACCCACCGCCUGCAGGAGCUUAGUCAGGGGACACAGAACCACAGUCCCAGAGCCAGUUUUCUGAGAGGAGUCUGAGAGCCCAAAGCAGUCGGUUAUCUGCAAAUCCCCCAAUGGCCACCUUUCCCCCACUCUCCAUGACUCGUACAAAGCUUGCAGUCUUAGCCAGGCAGAAGCUUCCGUGUUCUUCAAAAUCAAUCCCAAGGGCCCAGUUGAUCAAAGAGAAAGAUGACAUAGAUUAUUACCUGGAGCAGAAUAUCAAAGGGCUGUCGAAAGAAGAGGUUGCUGCCCACAGGAACUCAUACAAGAAGAGCAUCUGCGUGGACAUGCUGCGAGAUGGCUUCCACAAGUCCUUCACCGAGCUCUUCGGUUUGAUGGAACAGUGGGACAAGCUUCGGGAAGCUGCGCAGGCGCGGUCCCUCUUCUGGCUGCAGAGGCCUCUGGAGGACCAGCCAGACAAGUUGGACAAUUUCUACCACUACCUGACCAAUGCCGAGUCUGCGGAAAGGAAAGGGUACUAUGAAGAGGUGUAUAACAACCUGUAUGCACUGGCCUGUUAUUUCGAUAACUCUGAGGACAAGUGGGUGAGGAAUCACUUCUACGAACGGUGUUUCAAAAUUGCUCAGCUGAUCAAAGUUGACGGUGGGAGGAAAGAAGCGGAGGCAGAGGCCCACAUGGGUCUUCUUUACGAGGAAGAGGGUGAGCUUCUGAAAGCUGCAGAGCAUUAUGAAGCAUUCCAUGAAUUGACACAGGGACGGUUAUGGAAGGAUGCGGCGGGUCAGUUCCUCAACUUGAUAGCCUGUGAAAGUCUCGUGAGGACCUACAGAUUGCUCUCAGACGGGAUGCUGGAAAACAAGGACUACAAACAGGCCAUCAAAAUCCUCAUGAAAGCUUCCGAGAUAGCCAGAGAAGGAAAUAACAGAAGCAUGGAAGGAGAGGCUUCUUACUACCUGGGCUUGGCCCACUUGGCCUCUGGAGAAUAUGAGACCGCACUAUCAGUGCUCGAUAGGUACAGUGAGAUCUCCACAAGCCUGGAUGAUGAACUCAGCCUAGGGAGAGCCUACGAAGCGAUGGCCAAGGUCUUGCAGAGCCAAGGAGAGAUGACAGAAGCAAUUAAAUACCUGGAGAAGUUCGUCGUAAUUUCAAGAAACAACUUCAAAAACCUGGAUGUGAUUCAAGCGUGCACGAUGCUGGGUGACAUCUACAAUGAAAAGGGGCAAUACAACAAGGCUUCCGAUUACUUCCAACAAGCUUUCAGCACCGCCAUGGAGGUCAUGAAAACGACGCUCAUGGAUGAAACCAAAGUCCACUAUGGGAUAGCCAGAGCCCACCAGAUGAUGCUGACGAUGAACGGUUACAUCGAAUCUGCUGACACGAACAGCCUCAACUGCCUGCUGUCCUGGAAGGAGACUAGAACUCAAGUCGAAUAUGACCCCAUUCUGGGGGAGGCUAGAAAAGCCAUGGAAGACAACAUAUAUCAAUUCCCAGACGCUCAGGAGGAAACAACAAGAUCUCCAGAAAAUCAAUAAUGUGAAACUCCAGUGACUCAACAUCAGAGCAAGAAGAAACUUAGCUAUAGCCUUAGACCUCGUUAGAUAGGAGCACGAAACAAGUGAUAGGGAGUUAUAAAAAAGAUUAGGGUUGCUUUUAUUGAAUUUUAUUCUGCCGUGACUAUGGCAAGUUUAUGAAGAUCAAGUACAGCUUAAAUGAUUAGAACGAUCAACAGUUACUCAUAAAAUAAACUCUAGAAUGUCUCCUCAUACACUU